CCAACACCAACUUGCACACGAAAAUGGCGAAGGCAUCGCGCGACCAGCUGCUAGCUUCGGUCAAGGGACUUCUUACUGCGGGCGACUACUCCGACCUUACGAUUACCUGCGGUGAUGACGAGUAUAAGGUGCACAAAGUAGUAGUGUGCUCUCGCGCAGAUUUCUUCGCUCGUGCUAUCAGGCUUGGUGGUCAGGAAGCGCAAGACGGCAAGGUCAAUCUCCCAGACGAUGAGCCAGCUAUGGUGAAGCUGCUGGUUCAGUAUCUGUAUGAAGGAGAAUACGAGCCCUACCUACCAGCAUCUACGUCACCACCACCAAUCGCCGGCCCAGCAACCCCUCAAACUCCAGUGGUCAAGAAGAAAAAGAAGUUUGGGUUAAGCAAAUUCCCCCAUACUUGCUCUUACGAUGAAUAUGGCGAGCGUUAUUGCACUUACCCAAUCAUCUGCGAGCAUCACACGUGUGGCCGAGGUUGCAACAAGACCUGCAACAGCUUCAACUGCGAUAUCUGCAAUCCUCCGCCCAAGCGUCCAAUUCCCGCCGGUUCGGCCGAUCAGCUCCCCACUCACGCGAAAAUGUAUGAGAUGGCCGAUAAGUACGACGUCGUUGGCCUCAAGGAUCUCAGCAAGGACAAAUUCAGUCGCUGCUGUGAGCAUUUCUGGAACGAGCCGCAGUUCGCAACAGCUGCACACCAUGCCUUCACUACUACCCCAGACUACAAAAAGGGCUUGAGGGACCUCGUGAGCAGCACCAUCUCUAAGCACAUGGAGCUCAUCUACAAGCCGGAAAUCCAGACCUUGAUGAGGGAGUUCAAUGACUUCGCUUUGGGGAUCCUGCUGGAGAAGGCGAUUCUCGACUCUGUCAAGGAACUUCUCAAGUCCGGAAACUAUUCUGACUUUGUCAUUACUUGCAAGGGCGACACGUACCGUGUCCACAAGGCAAUUAUCUGCUCACGGGCGGAUUUCUUCGCCCGUGCCGUGAGGUUCUCUGGGAAGAUGAUUAAGCUAAAACACACGUCUUCUUGCAUCACCACGAUCGCGCAUCUGAAGACGACGCUGGCUAACUAUCGCCGUCAGCUCAUGAUUCAGUUCCUGUACGAGGGAGAGUACGAGCCACCGCUUCCGCACGAGCCGCCGCCACCCAGGCCCGAACGCACCACGGAAGGGAAGCUCUGCCAUUACGAGUUCCCACAUACUUGCGAGCGCGGCUGCCAGGACUCAUCCCGCAUCGUCUGUCCUCACCACAGGUGCGGCUAUCAGUGCCGAUAUAACUGCAAGGCUUUCGUCUGCACCACCUGCCAGCCACCGGUACACCCGGCAGAAGGAAAAGCGGACCAGCUCCUCAGCCACGCUAUUCUGUACGAGAUCGCAGACAAGUACGAUGUCAAGGGCUUGAAGGAGCUGGCGCGCGAGAAGUUCUCCAGGGCGUGUGCGAAGUUCUGGGACACGGAGGAGUUUGUGGCCGCGGCGAAGCACGCCUGGAGCACUACGCCGAUUGAGGACCGCGGCCUGCGAGAGGUUAUCAUCAAGACGAUCGCGGAGCAUAUGAAUUUGCUUAACAAACCGGACGUUAUGGAGCUGUUGACUGAGUAUAGUGGGCUUGCGGUGGGCGUUAUGGAGUUGCGGGCGAGGGAGUUGGGAUGGUUGAAGGAGUGA